AUGCAUAGCAUAUUCGGCACCAACAGCGAAGUGUAUGGACGUGUGCUGAACGAGAGACUGAAAUGUUGGUAUGAAGAGAUAUACGCGAGAGAAGAGGAUCGAAUAGUCGAGGAUUACAUUGAAUUAGCAUAUCACAUCGUGUUGAACUCAAGUAACGACCCGUCAAAGUGUCGCGAAAGUGCCCGUCUUCUAUCGACUCUAUUGAAGAAUUGUGGUGAUUCAGGACAAGCC